AUGGGAAAUAGAAACAACGUCACCGUGUUUAUUCUCUUGGGACUCUCUCAAAACAAGAACGUUGAAAUCCUCUGCUUUAUAUUAUUUUCAUUUUGCUACGUUGCCAUUUGGAUGGGCAAUCUGCUCGUAAUGAUUUCCAUCACAUGCACUCCACUCAUUAACCAACCUAUGUAUUUCUUCCUUAAUUGUCUCUCACUUUCUGACCUUAGCUACACAUCAACAGUGACACCCAAACUUCUGAUUGAUUUGCUGGCAGAGAGGAAGACCAUUUCCUACAGUAACUGCAUGACACAGCUCUUUAUCCUCCACUUUCUCGGAGGCAUCGAGAUCUUCAUCCUCACGGGGAUGGCCUAUGACCGCUAUGUGGCCAUCUGCAGGGCCCUGCACUACACGGUCAUCAUGAGCAGACAGAGGUGCAACACAAUCAUCACAGCCUGCUGCACGGGGGCAUUUCUACACUCUGCCAGCCAGUUCCUUCUCACCAUCUUCUUACCCUUCUGUGGCCCCAAUGAUAAUCACUACUUCUGCGACGUGUAUCCUCUCCUGAAACUGGCCUGCACUGACACGUACAGAAUUGGCGUCUUGGUAAUUGUCGAUUCAGGUCUGAUUGCCUUACUGGCUUUUGUGAUUUUGAUGGCGUCCUAUUUUCUGAUUCUGUACACCAUCAGGGCUUACCCUGCAGAGAGCCGCGCCAAAGCUCUGUCCACCUGUAGUUCCCAUGUCACAGUUGUGAUUCUGUUCUUUGCACCUGUUCUCUUCAUUUAUAUUCGACCAGCCGCGACACUUCCAGAAGACAAAGUGUUUGCUCUCUUCUACACCAUCAUUGCCCCCAUGUUCAACCCUCUGAUCUACACGCUGAGAAACAUGGAGAUGAAGGAUGCCAUGAAGAAAAUUUGGUUUCGUUAUUUGUUCUUGGAAGGGAAGUAA